CUUAAGACUCUCUUUCUCCUACUAUGACAAACGAUCAACGCUUUGUGUUGCUGCUGCUCAUUGGUUUGGCCAGCGGCGCUUGGCUAAGUGCUAGCACUACAGCUCAAACUUUUAGCUCGGAGGAUCGUGGUUCGAUACUUAAAUUCAUGGAUGUGCUAAUGAAUUUUCUAGAUGCCGAAACCGAGAAUGCAACGAGCACUGAGACUCCCAAUGGAAAUGACACCACCACCACGGAGAGUGGAGAGAGCACCACAUUAUCCUCAAAUGCAACGACUGUUGAUAGCAGCACCUCGGAGUCAACUCUACCGAGUAAUGCCACAGACUCGAGCACGAUUAGCACAUCCCAAAGCAGCGAGAGCACCGAAGCAACGAGCAGCAACAGCACAACUCUCGCCACUAACGCCACAGAGUCGAGCAGCAGCAGCAGCAUCAACAGCAGCACCACCGAUGCGACGAGCACCACCAGCAGCAGCCCAGUGGCAACCACUCGACGUCGCAUUUGCUUUAGGCGUGUCUGCUAUAAGUUCAUGAACGAUAAGGGCUAUAUAUACUAAUGAACAAGUGAAUAAAGUCGUCAAUCGUUAGUUUUAUAAAUCAAAUAUUUAGAUUAUGGAAGAUUAUGUUUAUUAAUUGUGUGCUAG